UCCGUGGCAGAUGCGACCCACCAGUGGCAAGCUGCCAGCGGUCUCUUGUCUGGCGCAAAAUAUCGAUGCUUGUACCGCAAUAGAUCUCUGCCAUCAUCAAUAGCCACCUCUAUCGCUCCACACAAUCGCUCUCCGACUAACUCCGCCAUCUUUACAAAUCCAACUAACUCAGACUUGCCUCCAUAUGAGUCCCACAUCUAAUGCCUCUGCGUCGGAGGGGCCACUGACCUCUACCGCUGUGUCGUGUCCGGCAAAGGUGCUAGUCGCAGGUGGCUACCUAGUGCUCGACCGAGAAUACACAGGCUUGGUAUUUGGUCUGGAUGCGAGGAUUCACGUUGCUGUUGAGCCGGUUUCGACGAGAUCUGGAGUCACCAUCAGUGGGAUUGUUGUUAAGAGUCCUCAGUUUCGCGAUGCCAUCUGGGAGUAUGGGUACAGAUCGCAGGAAGCAGAUGCGGGUAUCAGAGUUACGCACGGCCACGAACAACGCAUCUCCAAGAAUCCGUUCAUCGAAACAGCCUUGAUCUAUGCCCUGACUUACAUCGGAACGCUCCUCCCCAAAAAGCGCAUAGAAUCGUCCUCAAUUAGGAUCCUCGCCGAUCAAGCCUACUACUCUAACCCCGGCGCCCCCCGUACGCCAACCUCUCCCGGCCGUUUCCUCGACUUCAACGUCCAGCUCCGCGAUGCGCACAAGACCGGUCUCGGAUCCUCCGCCGCCCUAGUGACCAGCUUCACAGCCGCAGUUCUGAGUUUCUACCUCCCAAAGACCCUCUUCGACCUUCAGAGUGAAACCGGAUUGAGGAUCCUGCACAACCUGGCUCAAGCCUCGCAUUCCUAUGCACAGGGGAAAGUGGGCUCGGGCUUUGACAUUGCGUCCGCAGUGUACGGGUCUUGUCUGUACAAACGCUUCUCGCCGCAACUUCUCAGCAGCCUACCUCUCCCGGGCAGCGUGGGCUUCGCCUCCAAACUGCGCGCCCUGAUCGAAGGAGAUGCAUGGGACACGCAGAUCCAGAAAGCAGCCAUCAAGAUGCCGCAGGGCCUCCGUCUGGUGAUGUGCGACGUCGACUGCGGAAGCGAGACGCCCAGCAUGGUGAAGCAGGUUCUCGCAUGGCGGGCGUCCAACAAAGAGGAAGCAGAGCAGAUCUGGCAGGAUCUGCAAGCAGGGAACGAAGCGUUGGCGGCAGAGCUCACGCGUCUUGCUACCGCGGACCAGGCUUCUGGAGGCGGCAGCGAGAAAUACGCAAAGCUCGGCGAGAUCAUCAACAACAACAGGAAGCUUAUUAGGCGGAUGGGCCUUGCAUCUCGCGUACCCAUCGAGCCGCCGCAGCAGACACAGCUACUGGAUUACUGCUCGAAUUUGGAUGGCGUUAUCGGCGGUGUUGUGCCGGGAGCAGGGGGCUUUGAUGCUGUAGUGCUGUUGGUGGAGGAUAAGGAGGAGGUCAUUGCAUGGCUUAAACAGUCGUUGAGCAACUACAAGGUGGAGAAUGAUGCGGCGGACGGAUCAAAAAUCGGCAAGGUGGGUAUUCUUGGUAUCAGGGAGGAGAUGGUGGGCGUCAAGACGGAGGAACAGAGUCUCUAUAACGAGUGGACCACGGCUUCGUAGGGAGGGCGCGCGGUAACACGCAUGUGCUGUUGCAAGGAAUAUCCAUGACGCUACCGGUGCGGAACUAUUUUGGCAGCCAUUUUUCGAAUUGCAUGCAUUAGCUCAAAAAAGUACAACAUGCAAAAUCAGACAUGUCAGGAUCAUUCACCAAAGAAGAUGUGCACAAGCGCCAAAAGCUCACAUACACACCAACAUCCAGGCUCAAAGUCAGGCAGUCUUUCCUCAUAACUCGUCACAGACAUUUCCAUGGAGUGUCUGAACUUUUUGAUUCAUAUUGAUCUUGACAUGGACGCCAACCCAUUUCCGUUGAAGAUCGCCCCGUCCAUUCCUAACCGGACACGCCACCGCCCUUCCCUCCUUUUAAGAUGGUGCAUAA